ACACAUUUUAUCUGACAGCUCCUUAUAACGUCACGUUCUGUAUCUGUCAGCCAUGUUACUGUAUAUCUAUCAAAUGAUGCAGCUAACCACAGUAACGGUGUUUAUUUUUAGCAGCUAACCUGCGCCGACUGCAGUGCAAUGGCACAUAUAUAGGUGCUGUGUAUUUGCUGGAGGCGAACGUUGUUGGCGAUACGAUGGUGACAUGGAGGUUUAUGUUAAUAUAUGGAGGACAUGCGGGGAAAUCUAUUUCUGUUGGUUGUUUUUUUUACUGAGUGUAAGCUAGCGCAGUAGCUGUCUUCUGCUGUAAAGCUAAGAGAUGGACCAGCAGGACCAGUCCUAUAUGUUUGCCAGUCUGAAACGGCCUCACUCCGAGCAGCUGCUGCAAGGCCUCCAGCUCUUGCGGCAGGAUCACGAACUAUGUGACAUUGUCCUGCGUGUGGGUGAUGCCAAGAUCCAUGCCCACAAAGUAGUGCUGGCCAGCAUCAGCCCUUACUUCAAGGCCAUGUUCACAGGUAACCUGUCAGAAAAGGAGACCUCUGAGGUGGAUUUUCAGUGCAUCGAUGAGACUGCCUUGCAGGCCAUUGUUGAGUAUGCCUACACUGGCACCGUGUUUAUCUCCCAGGAAACGGUAGAAUCUCUGCUACCGGCUGCCGACUUGCUCCAGGUUAAGCUAGUACUUAAAGAGUGCUGCUCCUUCUUAGAGAGCCAGCUGGAUGCUGGGAACUGUAUAGGCAUCUCCCGCUUUGCAGAGACGUAUGGCUGUCAUGACCUGUGCCUGGCUGCAACUAAGUUCAUCUGUGAAAACUUUGAGGAAGUUUGUUUGACAGAGGAAUUUUUCGAACUGACAAGGGCCGAGUUAGAUGAAAUCGUGUCCAAUGACUGCCUUAAGGUGGUCACAGAGGAGACUGUGUUUUACGCCCUGGAGUCGUGGAUCAAAUAUGAUGUAACUGAGAGACAGCAGCAUCUAGCUCAGCUCCUGCACUGUGUUCGCCUUCCACUCCUCAGCGUCAAAUUUCUCACUCGCCUAUAUGAAGCCAACCACCUUAUACGAGAUGACCACGCGUGCAAGCACCUGCUCAAUGAGGCCCUUAAAUAUCAUUUCAUGCCAGAGCACCGGCUUUCCUAUCAGACUGUAUUGUCGGCGCGGCCCCGGUGUGCCCCCAAGGUGCUUCUUGCAGUAGGAGGCAAGGCAGGAUUGUUUGCAACAUUAGAAAGCAUAGAAAUGUAUUUCCCCCGGACUGAUUCCUGGAUAGGACUGGCCCCUCUCAGUGGACCGCGAUAUGAAUUUGGAGUGGCAGUGCUGGACCACAAGGUGUACGUGGUCGGAGGAAUCGCCACACACAUGAGACAGGGCAUCAGCUAUCGGAGACACGAGAGCACAGUGGAGAGCUGGGACCCCGAGAGCAACACCUGGUCCUCGGUGGAGCGUAUGGCUGAGUGCCGCAGCACACUGGGGGUGGUGGUGCUGGCGGGGGAGCUGUAUGCCCUCGGAGGCUACGACGGCCAGUACUACCUCCAGUCGGUGGAGAAAUACGUCCCCAAGUUGAAGGAGUGGCAGCCUGUGGCACCGAUGACCAAGUCCCGAAGUUGCUUUGCCACAGCAGUGCUGGAUGGCAUGGUGUACGCUAUUGGAGGCUAUGGCCCGGCCCAUAUGAACAGCGUGGAGCGGUACGACACUAGCAAGGAUGCCUGGGAAAUGGUAGCCCCCAUGGCAGACAAGAGGAUCAACUUCGGAGUGGGCGUCAUGCUGGGCUUCAUAUUUGUGGUGGGGGGACACAACGGUGUGUCACACCUGUCUAGCAUCGAGAGGUUUGAUCCCCACCAGAACCAGUGGACAGCCUGUCGGCCAAUGAAUGAACCCCGCACUGGUGUGGGAUCUGCCAUCGUGGACAACUACCUCUAUGUGGUGGGCGGUCACUCCGGGUCUUCUUACCUAAAUACUGUCCAGCGCUACGACCCCAUCUCGGACAGCUGGUUGGACUCGAGCGGCAUGAUGUAUUGCCGCUGCAACUUUGGUCUGACUGCCCUUUGACCCAUGGCCCAGCCUGCUAGGACCCCAUAAGAGAACUUAGACACAAAGACGUUUCUUUUUGUUGUCUCCUCCUCCCCCACAUUCAUCCUCCAGGUGCAGAGGAGCGCUGCACACCACCGAGGAGAGAGAGAGAGAGA